UGAAUUCGUCCCCUACAUAUAUAAAGUAGCAAAUUUCUUUUUUUCGAUCCAAUUUUCAUUUUCCACUCCGCGUGAAGACUUGUUUUUGUUUGAAAUAAAAGAGUAAUAAAAAAAAAUAAAAAGUACAGUAGAUAAGGAAGCCAAGGGAAGGGAAGGGAUGUUGGAGAAGAUCGGAUUGCCAUCGAAACCAUCGCUGAGAGGAAAUAAUUGGGUGGUUGAUGCUUCACAUUGCCAAUCCUGUUCUUCUCACUUUACUUUCAUCAAUCGCAAGCACCAUUGUCGAAGAUGUGGGGGGUUGUUUUGUGGCAGCUGUACCCAGCAAAGAAUGUACUUAAGAGGACAAGGUGAAUCGCCUGUUCGUAUUUGUGAUCCUUGUAAAACAUUAGAAGAGGCAGCACGUUUUGAAUCACGAUAUGGGAACAAGAAUAAAUCUCGAAAAGGGGCAUCAAAACUUGUAUCCGAUAACGACGAUGAUGUCUUGGCCAAAGCUCUCGGGAAUAGUGGAAUUGAGUCAUUUUCAUCAGAAAAAGAGUCGCUUCCAAGUAUGCAACGAGCUACAAGUGCAUCAUGCUCCAACAGUGAAAUGGAUGUUGACCUUGAGUCAACUACCCCCGAAGAACUGAGGCAACGUGCCAUUGAGGAAAAGAAGAAGUAUAAAGCUCUAAAAGCUGAAGGAAAGCCUGAAGAAGCCUUGAGAGCUUUCAAAAGGGGAAAAGAGCUUGAGAGACAAGCUGGAACUUUAGAGAUCGAGUUGAGGAAAAACCGCAGGAAGGCUCUUUCAUCUGCCAGUGCAAAUGAGAACACAAAAGUAGGAGAUCAAAAACAACCGAAACAAAAAGAUGAUCUCGCGAGUGAACUCAGAGAACUUGGAUGGUCGGAUCACGAUCUUCAUGAUGCUGAUAAAAAACCUGUAAGCAUGACUUUAGAAGGCGAACUAUCAACCCUGCUUAAAGAAGUCUCUGAAAAGACUAACAAACCCGAGAAGAGUAAUGGCGGUAUUGACAGAUCUGAGGUUGUUGCUAUCAAGAAAAAUGCACUUGCUCUCAAACGUGAAGGGAAGCUUACCGAAGCCAAAGAAGAACUUAAAAGAGCCAAAAUACUUGAAAAACAGAUUGAAGAACAAGAACUAUUAGGUGAUGAUGAAGAUUCAGACGAUGAGUUCAUGUCAUUGAUUCGAAGCAUGGAUAUUGACAAAAAAGAUGUUUUAGUAUCCGGGAAUGAUCGGAAUCGUAAUGUUGACUUUAACCAACUUCUUCACAUGGAUGAUGUUCCCAACCUAGAUGGUAACUUUGAUGUGACUGAAGAAGACAUGGAUGACCCUGAAUUGUCAGACGUGUUGCAAUCUUUAGGAUGGACUGAAGAUGAUGAUGUUGUUGAUAAGGAGGCACUGCUAAGUGAAAUACAGUCUUUGAAAAGAGAAGCACUCAACGAGAAACGAGCUGGUAAUACUGCAGAGGCGCUUGCUUUGCUAAAGAAGGCAAAAUUGCUUGAAGCCGAUGCUGGUGGAAGCCAUGACCUUCAAGAAAGAGAUGGUGCACCUCAACCUUCUGCAGGUGCAUCGGUAAAAGUUGCUUCAGACAAUAAAGGGCCACCAAGGAGCAAGUUUGCCAUUCAACGAGAGCUUCUUGCUUUAAAGAAGAAAGCACUUGCUUUGAGGAGGGAAGGGAGAGUGGAUGAGGCGGAUCAAGAGUUGAUGAAAGGAAAAGCUCUUGAGCAGGAACUCGAGGAGUUGGAAAGUGGUCCAAAAGUCAAACCUGUAGCUAUGAAGCCUGUGGACUAUUCUGCACCGAUGGAUGUUGAUGAUGAAGGAGAUGAUGUAACUGACACUGAUAUGAACGAUCCCUCGUAUCUUUCACUUCUGCAGAAUUUAGGUUGGCAGGAUGAAGAUGACGGGAAAGUUCAAGUACCAGCAGAGGUCAAAGCACCAAAACAACAUAUUAUCGUAUCAAAGAAAAGUAAAAGUGAGAUUCAAAGGGAACUCUUGGCCCUAAAAAGAAAAUCCCUUGCUUUGAGACGCCAAGGGAAUGUUGAUGAAGCUGAGGAGGUUUUAAAAGCUACUAGAGAGUUAGAAGACCAGUUGGCAGAAAUGGAGGCCCCAAAGCAAGAAACAAACAUGGACAAAAUCACAGCUGAAACAGCAGUUAGCGUGAUUUCAAUGAUGGAAAAGCCUCAACCAGCCAUUAAAGAAGGGACUGUUGGACCAAAGGGUACUGUUGGUGAGAGUUUUGUACAUGACCAUACUCAAGUUGUUGGGAAUGAGUCAAAUUCAGUCCAACAACAGAUCUUGGCUCAUAAGAGAAAAGCACUCAGUUUGAAAAGAGAAGGAAAGUUAGCAGAAGCCAAGGAGGAGCUCAAGCAGGCUAAACUUCUGGAAAAGGAGAGUACACAUGUGGAUGACAAAAUCCCGGACAUGGACAUGGGAGAUAGAACCCCGCUUCCGAGUACUAGCAAAGUGAACAGUUCUGAUGCUGCCUAUGGUACUAAAAAGGAAGAACCAGAAAGUUCUGCCCCUAAACUGUCAUCACGGGAACGAUUUAAAUUGCAGCAGGAAUCAUUAAGUCACAAGAGACAGGCACUAAAGUUGAGAAGAGAAGGUCGGACAGAGGAAGCAGAUGCUGAGUUUGAAUUAGCCAAGAAUCUUGAAAGUCAACUAGAAGCAGCCAAUGAGUCAGCAAAACCAGUGGGACCUGUUGAUGAUGUUGGUGUUGAAGAUCUUCUUGAUCCUCAACUUUUGUUUGCACUUAGAGAAAUAGGAAUAGAAGGUGCUGUUGCUCAGUCUUUACCUGAGAAGCCAGAGCCAAUUAAGAAUAAACCUGUUGUAAACAAGACUCAAGCUGAACCAUCGGUCAAAGCUAAAUCUGUGGUCAAUCAGGGCGAGGCGACAACCAAAGAUAGAACAGAGAUGGAAGAACAAAUUAAGGCAGAAAAAGUGAAAGCCGUAACCUUGAAACGUGCAGGAAAGCAAGCAGAGGCGCUGGAUGCUCUUAGACGGGCCAAAGUUCUUGAAAAGAAGCUAAAUUCCUUGGCUUGAACUUAACACUAUAAGGUAUUUGAAUGUAUUUUACUCCGCAGAACAGUAUUUUAUUGAAUCAAUAUGCCAUUUUUGAUUCAGGAAAACACAUGUCAAUAUGUCAUUCUAGAAAUUUUACGAGAUCAAAACAAUUUGUACUCCGUAUUGGUUUACAUAACAAAACAAAUGAAUAUUCUGUAAGUUA